CGUAUUGCUUUCGGACUCGAAAAUGUUGGUUUUACGUGUACAAAGAAUGCAUUUUGAUGGAUGAAAAUGAGUAUUUUGUUGUCUUUCGAUUUGCUUUGCUGGUGCACCUGCAUAUUCCAGUCUUCCCUUUACCCUUCGGAUUUUACUGGCUCUCUGCACUCGCCUUCGGGUUUAUUCGCACUGUCCAUUUCUGUCGAUGCGACCGCAAACGAAGGCCUUAGGCGAAAUCUUUGGGAAAUUACCGAUAACCAUUUGAAGGGGGGCCAAUUCUGUGGUCGGCUACUGAAGCUGCAAUGCCGUGUUGGAAUCAGCCGUUGAGCUUGUGGGUCCCUCGAUUACAGCUAUCUACAUUUGCGCGAGGCGUUUGUUUACCCAGAGAUCGUCUUCUGAGGAAGAGAAGGCUUCGGUGUUAGUCCCACUGAACGGUAUUAGCAUAAUGGGCCCCUCAAAUUCGAAAGGCAAAGAUCGA